ACUCAGCAAAUCCUUUUGAUCUUGACAUUGAUGGGGCAGACACAACCAUGGAUGCAGAAAGAAAUGUUUCCUUCAGUUCCUAUGUUCUUGCUGGAACCUGUUCCUUGGUGCCUGGUGAGCAAUUUUUCUUUAAAUUUUCAUCAAAAUCAUUUGGCAUAAUCGUUAAGUUUAUGUUUUGUCUGAUCAUGUCUCUUUAUUCAUCCCUGAAAUGCAGAAGAAUCUAGCCCUUCCACAAACAUUCAUGAUCAGAUAAACGAUGCCUUGGAGGAAUUGGCAAUAACAGGUGAUUAUGACAUUAACAUUUAUUUUCCACUAACUGAUACUUUGUUCUUAGAUGCUUAUACAAUUGCUAGAUAGUUAAAGUUAUGUAUGUCUAAUCAUUUGUAUACAUUAUUGAAGCAGAUGAGCUCAUAGAAACAAAGGUAACAACUCAAAAAGACGACAAGGGUAUGUUGGACUCUUCAGGUGGCUCUUCUGCUUAAAGAUAUGCUCUUUGGUGGAACGGAGGAUGAGCACUUAGGUUUAUGAUUUUUCUCAAAUCUCUCUUCUUUGCUUGUGAUUUCUAUACUUCUCUGUUUAAUAAGCUUUUCAAACUUAGGUUAUUUGCCUGUGUGUUUUCAAAUAAUUAAAAGACCCUUUUGGCUUUUGGUUUCUUGUGCGGCAAAAGUUACCAUUAGUCAUACAUGUUACACAAGUGCAUACUUGGAUGUGUAGAAACUUUUUUUUUACACAAAAAAGUUUAGAAUUUCAAUCUUGGAGUUUGGAAAAUGCAAUUUAUUAUCAAUUAUAUGUAAAUUAGUAAUUAAAAAACAAAUAUAAAACCUUGGUCUAUUAUAAAUAGUCGUGAAUUUUAUAAAAAUGGCCCAGUGUGUGUUGGAAACAGUUAAAUAUGAAUCUUCACAAAAAUGUUGAAUAGUUAGUUGUAAAGUCAUGUAAUAAUUUUUUAAAGUCUUGUAAUAAAAAAAAGCUGCGUUACUGUUUGAACUUUGAACUUGAACUUUGAAGUUUGCUAAUGCAAUCUUUCUGUACUGUACUAAACCAGAUUGAAUGGUCCUGAUCGGCUCAUUCGACCCUAAACCAACCCAUUAAGCACCUAAUGAGCUUAUUAAACGGUGGUAAAUGUUCAUCACAUUUGUAACGCAUAUUAAAUUACAGUAAUUACACCCAUUACGUCACUAAGCACUAAUUAUCUCACAAAGAUGUGUCUAGUGACUUCCCCUCCUAAUUACUUUGGCCCUUUCAGUCUACCACUUACUUGUAACAGUCAAGGCCCAAGUGUCUCUAUAUAAACUCUCUAAGGUUAACACUCGCAUCUCAUCACAUUCACAAACAAAUCAAAACAUACUCACUCCCUAAUCUUUUCUCCUCUCGAACCUAUCAAUGGCUACCAAACCAGCUUUUGUGGUUAGCUUCACUGUGAUGCUCAUGCUCAUGGUAGCUUCUUCCACAGUGACAGCACGAUCUCUCAUGAAACCAACCGUGGAUGCACCUUCUCCUUCCACAAGCCUUGUGUACCGUCUUAGGCUUGAUGAAGAAACAGGUUACUGCUGGGAUUCAUUGAUGCAGCUCCAACACUGUUCUGGAGAGCUGAUCUUGUUCUUUCUCAACGGUGAGACUUACAUUGGCCCUGGGUGUUGCAGUGCUAUAAGAACCGUGGGAAGCAAGUGUUGGCCUACUAUGAUCGGUGUUCUUGGUUUCACUGCUCAAGAAGGUGACAUGCUCCAAGGUUAUUGUGAUGAUGAACAUGAUGAACAUACUCUUGCCUUCUCACCACUUCCUCCUUCCGUGGAAUUCAAGCAUGCUACGGUUGCUAGAUCUUCUAACCCUUGAAUCGCUGGAUUUAUAACCUAUGUUUUUUUUCUUCUAAGAGAAUGAUGAUUUAAUGUAAUUGGAGAGAGCUGUUGACCAAUAGUUUCUCUGUUAUUACUUGAGAAUAAAAGAGAGUUUACUCACAACAAAGUUUGCAAAUCUUGUGAACAUACAAUUCUUCAUGUUUAAAUCAAUGAACAAUCAACUAACAACGUUGUUAGCCCUGAGUCCGAAUCAGGCCAGGGACAGUAGAAAACAUACCGAUAAGUAAAAGAGUUCAUGAUCCAUAAUAACUACUGCUUCAUUUCCAAGAAACAACCAUUUGUGAAAAAAGACAUAAGUGGUAAAGAAAUAGAGAACAAGUAUCAAGAUACAGUGAGUAGAACAUGCAUCAAAAGGACCUGAAGGAUUCAAGAAACAAAACAGGAACAAGGAACAAAGGUUAAGAGACAACAUUGAAGAUGAAGAAAUGGAAACGACAGAAACAAAAGGCAACGAUAAUGAAUCAAAAAAGAUUUAUCAGAUUAAAAAACAAGAAACAAGUGAACAAGAAAGACUUAAGAAACCAUUAGUAGAAGACAUAAUACAUUCUUACAGAGAAAAAGAGAAGCGUAUUAUAUUUAAUUUAUUCGAGUUUUGAAUUACAACGUGAACUCAAGAUCCAUACAACUUUUAUUACCAGAGACAAUUCAGCCUCUUUGAACACAAGAGGAGCUUACAACUUUGAAGUCUAUUUAGAGAACUCAAUGACCCACAAAUGAUAAGCUUGGCAUACAAACUGGCAACUGGCAAAACCCGAGUUUGCAGCCAUAGCUUCAUACUCAGCUCGUGAUCUCUCUUUUCCUCCAGAGCAUUGUGUGAGCAUCAACAAAUCCAUGUCAAAUGCAAUGUUGGACUGCACAUCCGCACUCUCUGCCUCAUCUGGAAUAACUAGUUCCAUGAUAAUCACUUUCCCAUUCUCCGGUAACGCUUUCCAGCAAUUCUUGAGAAUCUUUGCACAGUCUUCAUCAGUCCAAUCAUGAAGCAUACGCUGUAAAACAUAUCAAGAACGUAAGUACCAGAAAAAUAGACAAGAGUAAGAAGUUUUUGUUUGGUCUUACUUUCAGGAUGAUAGCAUCUCCUCUUGGGAUUUCUACAAACAUAUCUCCAGCCACAUGCUCCACAUUAGGAUAAGAAGGUGCUUGUGUCAAAGCACAAGUUAGAUCAAAGUUGAUACCCUUAAUGUUUGGAUACUUUGAAGUAACAAAACCUAGUGUGUUUCCAACUCCUCCUCCUACAUCAACCAACACAUUAACUCCUUCGAAGCCUUUGUACACUUCUAGAAAUUUCUGUAAAACCCCAACGCUGAAUCCAGUCCUGUUAAAGAGUUUGCUUAGUCUCUCAUCUGUGCCCAUGUAAUCAAAGAGCUUCAACCCACCGUUGGCACGAGCAAAUGCAUCUCCUCCUUCUAGCACCACAUCUUUCAGUUGUGCCCUGAAAGUUUUCAUUAUUCAGCAAAGAAACUCUUCUUUGGUAUCUUCCACUAUUAUAAAAAUUGGUUUGAGCAAGUCGGUAAAAUCAUCAUAAGUAAAUUUUUUAAUCGGUCUAUAUUGUUUUAAAUGGGUCUAAAUAGAUAAAAUCAAGUAAUAUCAAAACAGAUUAUGUUUAAUUAAAUUAUAUAAUUUUUAUCAUCAAUUUUUUUUUUUAAUUUAGUGAUGAUCUUUUUUAUUUCCAACUUUGUUUCUUAUUGAAAGUUCACAAGUUUGUUUGAUUUUCUUUAGUAUAUUCAUUUUUAUAUUUCAUCAAAGUAAGUUUUAAUUAAACACAAAAUUACAAAGAUCUAAUAUAAAUGUAAAAUAUAGUAAAUAGAUUAUAUAUGAUUAGUUAGCGUCUGCACUUCCAACUAGGCCCCAAAUAAUUUGUCUUGGCGUUAGUGGUCUAUAAAGUUACCGUCUACCAAGUUUUUGAACAUUUUGUAUUGAGUUGAAUAGUAACAAAAACAUAUAAAUAUAUAUGUAGAGAUUUGUGUUAUUGUGCGGUCCGUCACCAUUCAAAACCAUAGUUAAUCAAACAAUGUUAAAAUCAAAGUAAUAGCUCGUUGGAAGCAAGUGUCAAUAUAGCUUUUCACUACAGUAAAUCCCUCGACAAAUUCAUUCCUUUUCUUUCUACAAUUUUUUCAUUCUCUCUCUACUUUUUUUUUUACUUUUUAAUGUCUAGAAACUUUGUUAGAGACUACCAAUAAAAUUGCUCUAAAAUAUGUAUAUUGGCGAAAUAUUAUAUUCAGUUAUAUGUAGAGCAGUAGAGGGCAUACAGGCUCUAAAUAAAACAAUUUCAUUCUGUAUAUUAUUCUUGUAAUGUUCAAUCAAUUCAUAUACUCACUUUAUUAUAAUUUAUAUUCACUUAAAUGUUUGGAUUAACUAAAUUUUAGUUUUUUUUUGUCAUCCAACUAAAUUUUAGUUUAAGAUCUCGAACCAAGUACCUAUAUAUCUGUGGGACCUUUCGUGCUGAUAAUUUUUGAAUUGUUCAUUGUAUAUUGUCGUGCUGACCACUUACUGAGUUAGAGUGGCAAUUCAAAAUAGUUAAGAUUUUCUGAACAAGCUAAAAAUUCCGAGCACAUGCUUAUGCCUAAAGAUUCUAAACAAGUAAAAGUUUAAGAUAUUUUUUUUUUUGUUUUUUUUUUUGAAAAUGAAAAGUUUAAGAUGUUUUUAUAAACAUAAAAAGUUUAAAUCUUAUACUCUACAUUUUAUUCAAUAAACCACUUAAAGUAUGGUUCCAUUGAUUUUUAUUUAAUCAGCGUACCUAGUUGCUAAUGUUAUAGCAAAGAAAAUACUUUAAAAAUAGAAAUGACAAAAUUUUGCAAAUUCUGAAAAAUUGAUUACUCUUGAACUACAGAAUAAAGUAAUAUCUACGUUAAAUGAUAAAACAUAUGAAAAAUAAAUAAAAGCAAAUAUCAUAAAAACGUAAUUAUGAAAACAAGUAAAAUAACAGGACACAUGGAAAGACGGCUUCAUCGGCUGAUUCCUUCUUUUUCUCCUCUUUGAUACCAAGAACCAAAGUUAACCAACUGUUUAGGAUGGAUGUCUGUUGUCUGGAAAUUGAAAACAAUAAACAGAAAUUCAUACGUAAUAGCUCAGUAGGAAUAGUACUGAAAGUUUCUCCCAUUUCUUUAUUCUUGAAGUAAAGCUCAGUGCUAAGAACUUGCUCCUUGAAAUGGAUUAUAAUCUGUAAUACCAACGAAACACCAUAAUUCGAAUUUUGAAUAAUACAUACACAAAGUGAUAGAUCAAGCCAUGCAUAAGAAACUUUAGACGUAUAGAGUAACCUCAUUGCUAAGAAUCCCAUUGAGUAGGUUGCAAAAAAAAAAGGUCCAUCGAGUAUCUCAAACAAAAAGAAAUCUUUAUUUUAAGAUAACUUGUUAGACAAUUAUUUUUUUUAUUUUUAUUUUAUUACCGUAAUAUGAUUCCAAAGACUUUAUAGGUCUAAGGAAUAAUCACCACGAGGUCCAUAGAACUUCAGAUUUUCUUGCCACUUAAGCCGUUUACGGAUAGUCAAAAGAAAUCGAACCCAAGACGAAAGUUCCAGCUAUAACUCUUUUACCAUUAAACCAAAACCACCUGACUAUUUAAUUUGAAAAGAAAAAAACAAUAAAACAAAGGACAAGUAGUGUUGGAGGUUCUCAUGAAUUUUUUUUAAUUCAUCUGAGAAUUUCUGUUCAUUCUCUUACUUCAUCUUCUAUUAUUUUUGUUAUGAGAAUCCCUCUCUAGAUAUUGCCAUGCCAAUGGACAUGUUCUAGCUCAGCGAGCCUCAUGUUAAAUUCAUUUAUAAUUUAUUUUAGUUUGCGGCUUCAUUACCUCACGAUAGGAGCAUUCUUGCAUGUCUUCCAUCCAUAUAGCCGCCUAUCCACCUUCAGUCAAAAAUAAUAUAGCUUAUCCAUCUAGAAGAAUUAUCUUUCAACACGGUACCUAACAACAGAGAACAAAAGACUAAUCCAGCAGAAUGACAAACAGUCUCACGUUGUCCAAUGCAACAAUGAACUAUGCAUCUCUCAUUCUUAAUAGAUUUAGACAAUGUUUUAAAAACAGAACCUGAUACUGACUCGGUAUAACUACUGGUUGAUUGGUUGGACCGGUUCCAUCGGUCGAACCAGAUUUUUUAUUUUAUAAAAAUUUAAUAUAUAUAUAUAUAUAGUCAUAUAUAUAAACUAUACAAAUCUAAAAAAAUAUUUCUACAUAUGAUAUGUUCUUUAUUAUUUUUUUAUUAACUAUAAAAAUAAAAAAUAAUCAUAAAUGUAGGAAUAUACAGUAAAUAAGUGAAUACUAUGUAAAUUAAAAUUGAUAAAAAAACCAAAUGAUUAAUCUUUCAUUUUACCAUAUUUAUUUAUUCUUACAACUAAAGUCUCAAACUUUAUUAAUAUGGAAAAAAUGAAAAUAGUAUAUGAAAGCCAAAAAGAGAUUAUUGUUUACAUUCUUUCUUAAGAAAAUAGAAUUAAAUAGAAAACUAAUUAAAUAGUGAUAGUCAAAUGAAAUAUUAAAUUUUAAUAAUAAUUGAAAACACAUUUCUUAUAUGUUGACUUUUUGGAAAAGGAUUUUGAAUUUGACCCGGAUCAUUGGUUUUACCAGUUUUAGCCAGUUUUACCGGUUUUUCUCAAAUCCGGGUUUUAAAUUGGACCGGACUCGGCUUCUUCAACGAGUUACAGUCAGACCGAUUUUAUCCACAAAAAAAAAAUAUAUAAAUACAGACAACUAAAUAAGUGACAAAUGUUUAAAAACUAACUUGAAUCUUUCAAAAGAAAACAUUUCUCUUUUCUCUUCUCCCAAAUUUUCUUUUUAUUUUUUAUUUUUUGUAUUAUUUUUUAAUAAGACAGAUUCAGUAAAAAAAAACUACCAAUACUCAUGUCCUUAACCCAUGCAUAAUGUCAACCACCAAAACCACAGGUUCAUGGUUGAUUUCAUUUUAAAUAAUUCGCAAAGUCAUAUAAUACUAAUAUUUUAAAAAUAAAAGUAAUCACUAGAAAUGAAUUCAUUUUUUUUAAAUACAGUACUAUAUAUAUAUAUAUAUUUAUAUAAAUUAUAGAUAAUAUUAAAUUUUGAUUUUAUAUAAAAUUUACCUUUCAAUUUUCUAAUAUAAAUUAUAUAUUUUAUCAUUUUGAAUAGAGUAACUUUAUUAUCUCACAAUAUAAAAUGUUUUUACAUAUCAAUGUAAUUUUAUAAAAUUGAUGUAAUCAUUUAUAUUUUUAUCGUCUUAGUUAUAAUUAAAUAAAUAAAGUUUAAAUUAUAUUUUGAAUGAUAUCUUUUAGAAAAUUAAAAUUUUAAUAUAUAUGCACAAAAACAAAACAUCAUUAACUAUGAAACAAAACAAGUAUAAUUUUACUUUAUUUUAUUUUGUUAUCGAGUAUGAAUUUUGAAUGUAUAUCUUUGGGUUUCUGCCGCUGACACUUAACAAAAUCUUUUAUAACAUCUGUGUUUAAUAAUUACAUAAGCAAAAUUUAAUAAAUGGACAGUAAAAUAAAAAUAUUUUAUUUUAUUUUAUUUGAAUACAAAAUUAAAGUAAUAAUUUGGUUUAUUUAUGAACCAUCAAGUUCACAAGUUCGAACAAGAUAUUUGCAUCUUCAUUUCUAUAUAUAUAUAUAUUUUUUGCAAAUAUAUUUCCGGAAACAAAAAAAAAAUAAAAGAAAAAGUCACACAAAAUCACAAAACUGGAGUCUCCCAAAACCAAUCGAAACCUCUCAUCAGAUCUCAACGACUAGAGCUCAAGCGAUCAUCAUCAUCAUCAUCUGAUCAGCGAAUCAUGUCCAGCGACGACGAAGACGAGCUUCUUCAGAUGGCGUUGAAGGAGCAAUCUCAGAGAGAUCUCACCUACCAGAAGCCUCCUUCCUCUUCCUCCCGCAAGCCCGUCGCCAAUCUAGUGCAGCAGCCGCGUCAGCAGAAGCCCGCUCCUCCGAAGAAAUCCGCGGCUGCUAGGAAGCCUUCGAUGGACGACGACGACGAGUCGGAGGUGGAAUUGCUCAGCAUUUCGAGCGGGGACGAUGACUUGGAGAGGGAUCGGGAGACGGGUGGUGGUGGUGGCGCGGGGAAAGGGAGAGGCAGCGAUGUGAGGGAGAGAGGAGGGAGAGCGAAGAAGGAGGAUGAUGGGGCUUGGGAUGGUGAGGAGCCUGAUUGCUGGAAACGUGUUAAUGAAGCUGAGCUUGCACGUAGGGUUCGUGAUAUGCGGGAAUCAAGAACUGCACCUGUGGUUCAGAAACUAGAGGAUAAGGCGCCUGCACCUGG